UUUGAAUUUAAAAAAAAAAUCAAAACUGCACGACAACUCAUUGCAGUGUGACUAUUCAAUUGGUGAAGAUGAACCUGCUGAAUUUGUUGUUCUGUUCUUCGCUGGUUACAUUUGCAAUUACUGAAGCCACACUGGAUUUAUCGAACUUAGAUCUCAGAAAUGUGAAAUUCUUCAAAUAUCCACAACAUACCCGAACUGGAGAGAGAAUUUAUGGUCGUCAUCAACCAUUCAACAUAAUCGAUCCAUUUGAUAACUUCAACCGGAUCAAAGCGAUGAUGGCCUAUUUUGCAGAGGUUAUUCUCGGUGGAUCUAAAUACCAACGUGAUAUUGCCGUGUACUUUCAUCCCGACACCGGUGCUAAAUCCCGUUUCAAUUACCAGCAAAAGUUUGGAUAUCGUGGUGAACGAUUGAUAGCUGCCCUGGGAAAUGGAUUCCACAAAUUUGACUUUGCUCAGCAUAAGAAGUGGACGAAAUAAAAACUCGUUUCGUAA